AUGUUGGGUUGUAUACAUUACUUUAUUAUAAAUUUGUAAGAGUUUUAAACCGACGCCAUUAUGGAGGUGAUGGAGGAUGGUAAUCUCAUGGACAAAGUCUUGAUUUUGAUCCAACGUGAUAUGGAAUAUUAUACUGAGAAACAAUCAGUUCUCCAAGAAAAAAUCUGUCCUGGUGUGGUUGGAGGUAAGUUAGACUUUCCUCGGUCGGCGUCUUUUGCCGCUGUGAAACUUGUCCUUUGGUGGGAGGACGAGUUCGUAGCCGCUUACAAGAAGGACUCUGGUUUCCUUCAACAGCAGAAACCCACAAAAGUUUCAAAUGACGAACAUGGCGCUGGUAUUGUUAAAACCUCAGAUCCGGCUAAAUUUACGGCGGCCAUAACGAAAUCCUCUGAUCAACUCCUUGAUCACUUGCAUGUUUUGACUCAAGAGGCGCUUGAUCAUGCUGAUUUAACUGUGUUAACCGGUACUAUCGGUGCGGCAGCGUUGAUUAAAAACUGUCUGUGGUGUUAUGUCCAACGCAGUGAAGGUAAACAAGCCGGUUUAGACGAAUUGCAGAAGUAUCAAAAGAAAUAUCAAGAAAUGGGCGAAGCAUUGGCGGAAAGAUUGCUUGACUUACACUCGCGAUUGUUGUCUUUGUACAUUUUACAAGACUCUGAGGGUUUAGAUUGGGAAAAUGAGCGUGUUUUCUGUGAAUCUGAGCGGGGAUCUUAUGUUAUACAAAUGUGGUGGCUAUACAUGCAAGGUACCAAAGAUGAUCUCUGGAACACUGUCCCUCCCAAAAUGGCGCAGCGUGUCUUUGCAGGCAUGUUAAACGAGUCUUUAACCAUCUUAACAGUAAGAUAUUCACAUGCAAUGCCAUCGAAAGCAAGAAGUCAACUCUACACAGUCGAUAUAUCAAAUUUAUUACUUUGUGUAACAAAACUGUUGCCAGCAAUCUGCAACACAGCCAAUGAGUUCACCGGAAGUCAACUGAACACACAAAACAAAAUGCUGCGUGAUAUUCAUUCAAAGUGUCAGGAAUUAUUAACCUGUCUUUUAUUGCGUGGCAGUGACUUGCAUGUUUUAUACAAAAUGUUCAAGCGAGGUUAUGAUCAGAUAGGUAUACUCAAGCCUAAGCUACCAGGACCAAGUCCCUGGAUCACUUUUACCAUGAAUCAUCUUUAUCCGGAGUUGGACUUAACUUCUGCGAGUUCUUUUAUUGAAUUAUUGGUCCUUUUACCGCAGCCCCAACCAAAUUGGGCGCAGUUGUUGAAAUUCAUCUGUAUGGAUGAAUGUAAAGUCGGGAAAAUCUUCUUGAACGCCGCUUUGAAUGAAUUGAAACCAAAAUGCGGUGUUUUUCUCUGCUCGGGAGAUGGUUCUUGUAAAGGCGUUGACACAACCAGUACCUUUUUGACAAUGAAACAUUAUCAUGAUAUAAUCAUGGCGUUUACAUUUUUGGUGUUAACAAUUGGCAACGAACGUGAAUACAGGCAAUUACUACUAAAAUUCAUAACGAAAGAUGCAACAUGGAUGAAAUCGUUUGAUAAACGCCAUGUUUGGUCCCAGCAACGACCACCUUGGUAUGAAGCAAUCGUCCAAUUAGCGAAACCUUUAAUGAAACCCAUUAGUGAUAUUGUUAUCAAUGCAGUGAAGACUGGUGCGAGCAUGUAUCAAGCAUCAUCGAUUGUUUUGACUGCUUUUACUCAACUAUGGGAUUGCAUAGGACCGGAAUUGUUUAUCAUAUCAAGCAUGCUACAAGAUUUACUGUCAACUAGUGUUGUCCCGAUGGGCAACUCAGUUUUGUUGCAAUUUUUAAUCAGUGGACUGUAUUCGGAACUUUUGGAAAGCUCUACAUCUAAUCCACCAAGCGUGACGAUUCAUUUAGAAGAUGAUAAAGGAAAUAAAGCAAAAGAUAGUUUAUUUGACGGUACAAAGAGUACUCCUGAAGAAAUAGCAUUGGCUGUAGCUGAGGCUCUAUGCGGAAUUGAUGAAGAUAAUAAACAUACAGAGGAAAUCAACGCAUUAUUACAUGAAGCUAAGCGUGCUACAGAAGAUAAUCCGAUGAAUACUGAAGGAAUACGCCGAGCAACUCAUUCUGAUAAUGUUUUAGAAGUAAUGACUAGUUUACUCUUGAGUAGCAAACAAGGCAAGCGAAGUUUAAAGAUUUUGCAUCAUUUUAUGCAAAACAAUGAUGAAUGGUUAAUGGAUAUUCUCCAAGGGAAGUCCACAGAGUUAAAACCAACUUUGGCCAACAAAAAAAGCAAAGGUUUAUUACACACUAUGUUUUACAUCGGCGAUAAACCUUUCGAUGAAUUGUUAAUUGGUAACUGGACACCCAACUGGCAACAAUUGUUCACUGUACCCAUGGGUCUGAACGCGCACCGUGUCGCUGUGCAGAUAUUUGCACGCUGGGAUCUAAAACAUGGUAAUAAUCAGGAAACACUUGUGAAUAUUCAGAAAAUUCUGAAACCCACAAGUGCUUAAUUAGUUUCUUCAAUUGUUAUAUGCAAUGAUCUGCGUUUUAUUGCUUAAUAUCCUUGUGGAGAUCUCUUUUAGAAAGACACCUAGUGAAAUACCCAUGCCAAUCAUCCAAAAACCAAAACACCCUUUCAAAUGAUUCAUGUUUAAGUCAAUAUUGACAUUUCCCUCUUUGUAAUAUUUUAUUUUCUGUUGGAAAGUCAUUUCUCCAAUCGCUCUUAAACACUACAAUCAUUUUUGAAUCACA